AUGGCGAAAAAAACUUCAGUGUUGCAGGUCUCAUCCAAGGCAAUUGACCCCACUCUCAACGCUCUUUUUGCCAGCAGUUCUGGUCCUGUACAGGCACCUUCGACAUCCCGGUAUUCUGCCUUGCUGGAGAAGAAGCCCCGCGAUGCGCCAACGACAAUCGACAAGUCUGAGGCCAAGGACGACGACGAGCCAGAAGGUGACGAUGAGCAGCUUUCAGAAAUUAGCGAGGAGCUAGAUUACGAUAAAGACGAUGAGGAAGAGUCUUCGAACAACGAGAGCAGCGGCUCAGAUGAGGACGCCGACGAGGAGAAGCAGGCUGAUGUAUCCAUGGCUGAUGCUGAAGAACAAGAACUCGAAGCUGGUGAGGAUGAAGAUGAUAAUCAACCCAGGCGCGAGAGAAAACGAAAGAGAAAAGAUGACAACGAAGAUUUGGAAGCGAAGUACAUGGCUGGUUUAACCAAAGAUGAGGAGGAGGAACCGUCUGGCAAGCGGCAAAAGGCUGAGGACAAGGACAAGGCAGAUGAGAACGAUGCUGUCCCGGUUCACGAAAGCUUGGCACAAGAAUCCAAAGAUUCGGAUCUCGAAAAGGCCUCGCGAACAGUCUUCCUCGCCAACGUCUCUACAGAAGCCAUCUCCUCCAAAGCCGCUAGGAAGACGCUCAUCACCCAUCUUUCCACUGCUCUAGACCCUCACGACAUGCCUAUCCAAAAAUUCGAAUCCAUCCGUUUUAGAUCCGUCGCCUUCUCUACGGGUUCCAUGCCCAAAAGAGCCGCCUUCAUCACAAAGUCACUCAUGGGCGCUACCACCAAGUCUGCCAACGCAUAUGCUGUCUUCUCGACCGCGGCGGCAGCCCGAGCAGUCAUAUCCAAGCUUAACGGCACCGAGGUUCUGGGUCGACAUCUCCGUGUAGACAGCGUCGCGCACCCCAGCCCUACGGAUCAUCGCCGCUGCGUGUUCGUCGGCAACCUAGGCUUUGUCGACGACGAAACCGUCGUCAACACCAACGAAGACGGCGAAACGGUCGAAAAGAAGCGCACCAAGGUCCCGUCUGAUAUCGAAGAAGGUCUAUGGCGAACAUUCAGCAAGACUGGUAAAGUCGAAAAUGUCCGUGUCGUCCGCGACCCCAAGACCAGAGUCGGCAAAGGCUUCGCCUAUGUCCAAUUCUACGACGCCAACGACGUCGAAGCCGCUCUCCUCCACGACGGCAAGAAAUUCCCACCCAUGCUCCCCCGCAAGCUCCGCGUAACACGAGCCAAGGACCCUCGCAAGACGACCAAUGCCCAAGAACGCGCGCAAGCAAAGGCGAAUGCCGCCGACACCAAGGCCCGCAACACAAAAUACACCCCGAAAUUGACACCCGAGCAACAAGCCGCCGCCGGCAGAGCAAACAGACUCCUCGGUCGCGCUGGAGGGUUCAUCCACCGCAAGAAAUCUGGCGGCGAAGGUAUCAACGGCACAGGCAACCAAAAGCUUGUGUUUGAGGGUAAUCGUGCCUCGUCCAAAGACGGCAGACCCAAGGACUUGAAGUUUGGCAAGAAGAAGGGUAAAGGGAAGCCCAAGAAUAGAGGGACACGGAGAGCAGCAGAAUGGAGGAAGAAGACUUCAUAG